AUGGUUGAGCAGGCUAAGGAGACUGCCAAAGACCCUGGCUACUAUUCCACGGCGCAGUUCAAUAACCGUGAUGCCCUUGUCGGGUACGAAGCUAUAGGCCGGGAGUUAUUAGAGCAGAUUCCCUCGGGGAUUGACGCCUUCUGCGGGACCGUUAGCGGCGCGGGCAUGGUCAUGGGUUCUUCGAAGGUUCUAAAGUCGAAGUGGCCUCAUGUUCAUGUCGUUGUCCUCGAACCGGCUUCGUCGCCGGUUAUCACGGAGCGUCGGACGGGGACGCAUGGCGUCGAGGGGAUUGGAAUUGGGUUCCGCCCCCCUCAUCUCGAUGAUAGCCUCUACGAUGAAGCCCGCGCUGUUCCGGAGGCUGAUGUGCCGUCGUCUUGCAAAGGAAGAAGGGCUCCUAGUGAGCACUUCUACCGUCCGUUUGACAUUGAAAUGCGCUCACUUCACUUUCUCAGUGUCGCCAGCCUCGCUGCAGGCUUGGCUACACCGGGCGCCGAGUCACUGCCUACUGCUAUUAUCGAUUCAGGCGCCAUCGUUGGAACAACGACUUCCCUGCCCUAUUCGACAGCCGUUGUGAGACAAUACUUGGGCGUUCCGUUCGCUGCGCCGCCGGUCCGAUUCAGUCCCCCCAAGCCUGUGGCUCCAUGGCCCGGAAUGCGCAACGCAACCACGUGGGGACCAGUCUGCAUUCAAAUGAUGAAUCAAGAAUCGAAAGACUAUUACGACAUGGUUGGCAUUGGGGACCCCUUAGGCGGGGAGAGCGAGGACUGUCUAAACCUCAAUGUCUUUACUCCGGCGGACGCGUCGGCAGGGUCUAAGCCUGUGCUGGUUUGGAUCUAUGGCGGCGGUUUUAUUAACGGGGGCUCCGCUCUGCCGAUCUAUGAUGCUACGAGUCUUGUUGCCAACCAGGACGUCGUGGUAGUGACAUUUAACUAUCGGACGAAUGUGUUUGGAUUCCCCGGGAGUGGUGUUCCCGAAGAAGAAAAGAAUCUGGGAUUUCUGGAUCAACGUCUCGCCCUAGACUGGGUGCAACGUAAUAUUGCCGGCUUCGGAGGCAACCCAUUCCAAGUGACUAUCUUUGGCGAGAGCGCUGGCGGAGGCAGCGUCGAUACACUUAUCACAUCGCCCCCCAAUCCACUCUCUUUCCGUGCAGCAAUCAUAGAAUCGAAUCAGGGGUCAAUUGUAGCCCCUCUAGACGAUAAGGCAGGAUCAUACCGCCAGUCAUGGAAGAAACUCCUCAACCUGACGCACUGCUCUGCGGAUGGCGCUAUCGAAUGUCUUCGCAAACUCCCUGCUCAGAAGAUCAAAAGGAUUCUUGAAACGGCCGAUCUGCCAUUUGGACCUCUUCCUGAUGUGGGCGUCACGAUGUCGAACACGCCGCGACAAGACAGACUCCAUUCCAGCGAGGGUAGCUCGACUAUCGCGCGAGUCCCGGUUUUGUUCGGCAACAACGCAGAUGAGGCAAAGCCCUAUCUCAUCGGAGCUAACGACACUCGCAAGACCCUCGAAGGAUUCGGGCUGGGUAAGUUCGCAGACACGCUGAUCAAAGCGUAUCCUCUCGGGCAACCCGGUACGCACACUGAGAAUGACCGGCUUAAUCUCAUCGCCAACGACCUGGGUGUGCACUGCCCGAUGAAGUUCUACGCCGAUGACAAUCUGGAAGUAGAUAUCCCCGCUUGGAGGUAUUUCUUCAACGCUAGCUUUCCUAAUAACGAACUAUUCCCUGGUAGCGGGGCAUACCACAUGGCUGAAAUUCCCCUGGUUUUUGGCACUUAUGAGAAGAAUGGGGCCACCGAAUUCCAAGCUAAAGUCAGUCAGGCUAUGCAGAAGGCAUGGGCGGACUUUGCCAAAGACCCAUUUGGAGGGCCAGGAUGGAAGGGGGUUCCCACGGUCGGGGUGUUUGGGGAUGGCGUGAAAGAGGGCAUGAAUGAAGAGGGAAAGAAGGCUUUGAGGGCGGUUAGCUCGAAGGAUAUGAAUCGGAGAUGUCACCUUUAUGAGCCGAUAUAUGGAUGA